AAUAUAUUCACCCCUCCAAAGCCUCUAUCUCAUCUUAUUAUAGCCUUAGCGCGCCUUUCUCCUUUUGUGAUUCUUUUAUUGGCUAACAAGCUACCUUAUGAUUGUUAAUGUACCUUAUGAUUGUUAAUGCUAUCCUUUUGUUUGGAAUGUUGGCUUACUGACAUCAACACUCUUCUAAGAAAUGCUAGCUUCUCGACGAAAGAAUACUUCAGUGUUAUUGUCAGGUUUUGCGAUUCUAGUGUUUCUUUCAGAACUAGUGGAUUCAUCAACAGAAUCCCGAAGAUCAGUUCAUACCCACAAGAUCACUCAACCACAUUCUUCCAAGAUAACCCCUCAGCUGUCCUUCCAAAUAAAACUCCAUGCUUUUCUGCUAUGGGCUUCUGUUGGUUUCUUGAUGCCUAUUGGAAUACUAGUAAUCAGAAUGUCACAAAGAGUUGAAUGUGGUCAGAGACUUAAAAUUCUCUUCUAUUCUCAUGUCAUCCUUCAGAUAGUUUCAGUGCUGCUUGCUACUGCUGGAGCAGUUCUCUCAGUAAAGAAUUUUGAGAACUCCUUCAACAACGCUCAUCAAAGAAUUGGGCUGGCAUUCUAUGCAUUGCUAUUGAUUCAACCCUUGAUUGGAUUGUUUAGACCUCACAGAGGAGUGAAAGUAAGAAGUUUAUGGUACUUUGCGCAUUGGCUUCUUGGAACUGGAAUAUGCAUAGCUGGUAUAAUGAACAUAUACAUUGGUUUACAUGCUUACCAUAAAAAGACGUCAAGAAGUGUAAAAUUAUGGACAAUUCUCUUCACUAUGGAGGUAGUAGCUUUUGCAUUUAUUUAUUUGUUUCAAGAUAGAUGGGAUUACAUGAGAAAGCAAGGAGUCAUUUUGGGCCAGGAGCAAAUUGCACCCACUGACCAUUCUACACCUCCAAGGAUCAAAAGCCCAAAAGAAUUAGGGGUGAUGCUUCAAAUGGUUGACUGAGGGAAAAUAGUUAAUUUGAGAGUACAUUCUUCAGUUUUUGCCUUUUAGAUGUACUUUUUAUGAGAUGGUUGUGAUAUGUAUACCUUGAGAAAUGUAAUUUGUGAUUAGAUUGUACCCGAAGGUUGAAUGUAAAAAUUAUUGGUUUCUCUUUU